UUGAUAGAAAGAUCUCGUCAAUCAUUUGUGUGUCAAAAAAAAAUUUGUCAAUAUAAAUAAUGUUGCAAUUCUCGAAACAAUCGGAUCUAAAUGCCACACAAUCCUCUUCGAUUCAAAGGGAGGAUAUUGGAACAUCGGUAGGGCAACUUCUCCCUGAAUUUAAAACUCCCCAAGAAUUACAAGAAGAAGUAAUCUUGCUUUUUUAUGAUAGCAUGUUGAAUUUGGUUGUGAGGGAAUGGGUUCAUGUAGAAGACGAUGAUACGAGUCAAUCUUGUGAUGAAAAAACCAACGGAGUUAAAGACCUCAAAGAUUUAACUAAAGAGGAUUUAUUAGCUAAUGAAUUAAGCUACUUUGACGACUCUAAGGUAUCAUUAACUAGUAAAAAAUCGAGAAGAAGUUCUUCUGGGGUGUUAUCGAAAUACGGAUCAAGAAUGUCAAGAAGAAGUAGAACAUCGUCUAAAAGAUGGAGUGUGGAUCGAGUACCGUCAAAAAUAGACGAAACUACUUCGUAUACAUUAGAUCUUAGCAACACCAGCGAUCAAUACGAAUGGGUUAUUCAAACUUACCCAGAUAAUGUUAUGAUUCUUUUCAAAAAUGGGAAUGUUUAUAAAGGACCAGUUGAAAGGAAACGAUUUCAUGGUAUUGGGACGUUAUUUUGGAGUGAUGGAACAGUUUAUGAAGGUGAAUUUAAUAAUGGUCACAUCACAGGUCGUGGAAAAUUAUAUUACAAGGACUGUAGUUAUUACAUAGGAAGUUUUUGCCAAGGUCUUCUCCAUGGCGAAGGAUGCAUGUACAUAACCGAAACUAACAGUUUAUAUAGUGGCGAAUGGAAAGCUGGAAAGAAAAAUGGAAAAGGCUGGUUGCUUUAUGAACCAAAUAAUUGGUACAAUGGAAAUUUUCUGGACGAUCAACGCCACGGAAAUGGAAUUCGUCAAUAUUAUAAAGAGUGCAUGUAUCAAGGAGAGUGGCAAAAUGGGUUACGAGAAGGAUAUGGAACAAUGGUUUGGGGAAAUCACGAUUACUAUAAAGGCGAUUGGAAAAAUGGAAAGAUGAACGGUUAUGGGGAAUACAUUUGGAAAGCGUUUUUUAACCGAUCGUUUUCAUACCCAAUCAUGAAUAAAUUUGAAGGAUAUUGGGUCGAAGGGACUCGAACGGGAGAAGGAAUUUUAAACUUUGGUUUUUGUGGUGGCGCUAGAAUGACCGGUUGUUGGAUAAGAAACAUGAAACACGGCCCGGCCUUUGUUAUCUGUGGAAAUGGAAAAACCAUGUCGGGAGAUCCACUUUUUUUAUAUGAUAAACCAGUCGAUCCCGUAAUAUGGUACAGACAAAGCAGUAAUGAAUUAAUAAAAAGAAAAAGCGGGUCUCAAAAACAAAUUUUGAAUACAAAAAGUUCGAGUACAUUAACACUCUUAACAUCGAUUGAGAGCCACGAAAGUGUAAGCUUAUCCGCAUUUCCCAAAGUGAUGAGUUGCCAUAUUAACCCGUUAUGUAUUCCGAUACAUUAUGAACCUAAACAGGUUGAUUUAACGUAUUUUCUUUUACUUCUUGUUAAAAAACAUGGGGCCAGAGAACAUGGAACGAUUCAUUUAGAGAAUAUUUUUUCUGUGGAAUCGAAUAUUGAGGAUAGCAUUCUUUUGGGGGAAGAAGAAAAGCUUCGCAACGUUAUUAUUUCAAAUAAUUUAGUCUUGAAACAUAUUUAUUAUCAAUACGCUUUUAUUGCAACCAAAGAAAUGCCGAAAUUUCGACCCGUUUUAAUAAGAUUAUUUUUUUGGCAACUACUCUACGACAUCAAUAUCACCACGAGAGGAAUGUCUUUAAUAGAUGUUGAUUUAUGCGUGAUGGAAAAUCCAGAUUGCGGGUUAGAAACCGAACACGAUCCUUUCGAACGCAUCUAUUUUUGGCAAUUUCUUCAAUCACUCGUGGCGAUUGCUUGGAAGUUAUACGGCGAUGUUUUCGACGUGGAUCAAGUUGAAGGAACGUUAUCGAAAAUAUUAAGAAAGUUUCUUUAUGACGACUUAUUACCGAACGUGGGGAAAAAUAGAGGAACGGCUCUUUAUGAAUAUAAAGAUUUACUUCCCAUUCAAGGGGUUUAUAUGCUUUAUAGAAGCAUUGGGGAUCCCCCCACGGCGAGGAUGUUAUACCAAAGUUGUAUCCACAAAGGAUUUCCAGCUUGUUCCGAAAAAGUUCUAGAAGGUGACGAAAUUAAUCAUUUAAAAUCCGGUGCUAACGCAACACCAAUUGGUUCAAGUGUAAUAUUUUUAGCAGAUGAUGAGAUCAUUCCGAAAAUUGAAGAUCCUACUCCGUAUCCUUUUAAAACCGAAAACAUUAUUCUUAAAAAUCUCCACGUUUUUACCAAAUUAAAAAGAAAAAGGAUUAUCGAUUGCAUAGCGGAAGUUUGUCCUUCAAUCAUAAAAAAUGGGCAAAUUGUCGAUCUGGAAUAUCCAAUUUCGUUCUUGGAAUUUUAUAACAUCAUUCUUUUGUUGACGACUACAAAAAUUGAAGACAUAGAAAAUUAUAAGAAAGCUAAAGAAGCAAGUAAACUCAAAAAAUUAAGCAUUAUCGAAUCUAGCGCGGAAGUUAAGAAGAAAGAUAAAAAAGGAAAGAAAAAGAAAUAAAUCAAAUUAAAUUGUAUACAUAUAUUUUU